UGACAGAAUGUGUUAAGAUGCUCUUCUUAUUAGUUCCGUCGUUCGACCGAUGUAACUAGCUGACGUGUACAAACGGGUCACUCUUGUCUGAGAAUGAAACUCACGGCAACGAAUGAUCUCUUCGCUUCUCAACCAUCACUUCACUCCCCCUGCCUCUCCUCCUCCUCCCUUCCUCGCCGCCAUGGCCUUCAUCUCCCGAUUAACCUCAAUAGAAAGAACAAUUCUCUAUCCAUCGUUGCUCUCUCUGAUUCCGACCCUCCUUCCUCAACCGCCUUCUCCCGUCGCGCUAUUCUCCUCGCGCCGCCACUCCUCUCCGCCGCUGCUUCCUUGUUUCUAAGGCCGUCUCUCGCUUUAGCUUCCGAGGAGAACUCUUCCGCCACUGUGACUUCUCCUGCGGAACCAGCAACUCCUCCGGUUGUUACUCCUCCACCGCCGCCGCCGCCGCCUACGUCAGUGAACAAGGAAGAGACUAUAACGUCAAGAAUCUAUGACGCGACAGCUAUCGGUGAACCGAUGGCUAUGGGGAAAGACAAGAAGAAGGUGUGGGAGAAGCUGAUGAACGCAAGGGUCGUCUACCUCGGGGAAGCCGAGCAGGUCCCUACCAAAGACGAUAAAGAAGUAGAACUCGAAAUCGUCAGAAACUUGAGGAAGAGAUGCCUCGAGAGCGAGCGUCAAAUCUCAGUGGCAUUAGAAGCAUUCCCUCUUGAUUUGCAGGAACAGCUCAACCAGUACAUGGAUAAGAGGAUUGACGGAGAGACGUUGAAGUCUUAUGUGACAGAUUGGCCAGCUCAACUUUGGCAAGAAUAUGAACCCCUUUUAACUUACUGUCGUGAUAACGCUGUUAGACUCAUUGCUUGUGGCACUCCUCUCAAGGUUUUAAGAACUGUUCAAGCAGAAGGUAUCCGCGGUCUUUCAAAGUCUGAGCGCAAACUAUACACUCCCCCUGCUGGUUCCGGUUUCAUCUCAGGUUUCUCUUCGUUUUCACGUAGAUCUACAUUCGACAUGAGCCUCCCAACACAGAUCGUUCCCUUUGGACCAAGCUCUUAUCUCUCAGCACAAGCAAGAGUUGUGGAAGACCACACAAUGUCACAAGUUAUUCUACAAGCAGUAGCAGAUGGAGGUGGGACUGGUCUACUCUUAGUGGUGACAGGAGCAAGUCAUGUUGAGUAUGGUUCAAGAGGAACAGGUUUGCCAGCAAGGAUCUCGAGGAAGUUCCCAAAGAAAAACCAAGUUAUUGUGUUGCUUGACCCUGAAAGACAGUACUUGCGAAGAGAAGGCGAAACUCCAGUUGCUGAUUUCUUGUGGUAUUCUGCAGCUAGACCUUGUAGUAGAAACUGCUUUGACCGAGCAGAGAUUGCUAGAGUGAUGAAUGCAGCUGGUAGGAGGAGAGAUGCUCUUCCACAGGAUAUUCAAAAUGGACUGGACCUUGGUUUGGUGUCACCUGAGGUUCUGCAGAACUUGUUUGAUUUGGAGCAGUAUCCUCUCAUCUCUGAGCUUGCUCAGCGGUUCCAGGGUUUCAGAGAAAGGUUGUUGGCAGACCCCAAGUUUCUUAACAGGUUAGCUAUUGAAGAGGCUAUAUCAAUUACAACCACACUUAUAGCACAAUACGAGAAGCGAAAAGAAAACUUCUUUGAAGAGCUAGACUAUGUUAUAACAGACACAGUGAGAGGAUCAGUUGUUGAUUUCUUCACGGUUUGGCUUCCUGCACCAACUUUGUCUUUUCUUUCAUAUGCUGAUGAGACCAAUGGACCAGACAGCAUAGAAGCUCUGAGAGGCCUCCUAGGAUCCAUACCUGAUAAUGCAUUUCAGAAAAGUCUUGCUGGAAGAGAGUGGAACUUGAAUCUUAGAGUCGCUGCAGUUAUUGUUGGUGGCUUGAAGCUUGCUGGUGUUGGAGUCGUUUCCAGUUUUGCAGCUGUGGGAGCUUCAAAUGCGUUGAAUGGUGUUCGAAAGUUUGUUAAACCAGAGUUGGUUGUUGUUCAGAAACCUAAGAGAUCUCCUCUUCUAAAGACAGCAAUGGUUUAUGGAGGUUUCUUGGGAACAUCUGCAAACCUUCGUUACCAGAUAAUAGCUGGAUUAAUAGAGCAUCGCAUAUCUGAUGAGCUUUCUUCGCAACCUUUACUAGUGAAUACAAUUUCAUUUGUUGUCAGGACACUUAACUCAUAUUUUGGAACACAGCAAUGGAUUGAUCUUGCUCGUUCUACGGGUCUGCAAUCUCAGAAAAGCACACCAGCCUCUAAGGAUGUUCCUGAGGCUUUGGAAGAAACUACGGUGGAGUGCAAUGCUACUGAAGAGGAGAAUGUUGACAAGCUUGAUAACCAAUGAUACCGGUGAGGCAAUCUCACUAGCUAUCAAUGUAUAGUUGUUUUAUCCAAAAGCUUUAGAUGGUUGAAAUGAGCAUAGUUUCACAGUUUUUACCUUUGAUGUUUUUCUUGGAGAUAAUGAUGGUAUCAAUAUAGUAUUUUUUUGUAUUUAAAUAAUCAUAUUUGUCUAGGAUGAUGGGACACUGCAAGAGUCUUUAGCUGAAAACUU